AUGAGGUGGGGUGGGGAGGGCAGGAAGGAGUAUAGAACCCGUCGUGAGUGGGCACUAAAAACAGAGACCCAGGAACCAAGGGCAGCAGGGAGCUCAGGCUGGGCGAUCUUCAUGGAGCCCCUGGCCAUGCUCCCAUUGCCAGUCCUCCUGCAGCUUCUGCUGCUGAUGGGCAUGAAGGGUGGGUACGGCUGCCAGGGUCCAGAACCAGACAGGGAGCUGGUGCUGGCCAAAGUGAGGGCCCUGGUGCUGGAUGCUCUAAGCCCCCCCACCACCUCCAAGGAUGGGGGAGAGCCUGGGGCCCGGCGCCUGCCUCGCAGACAUGCCCACACCGGGGGGCCCACACGCAGGAGCAUGGAAAAUGACGAUGAGGACCUAUCACAGGUCAUCCUUUUCCCAACCACAGGUCCGGGCUGUGAGGACGAACCCGAGGCAGGAGAGGCUGAGGGCCUGUUCACAUACACAUUCCGGCCUUCCCUUCACACGAGAAGUCGACAGGUGACAGCUGCCCAGCUGUGGUUCCACACUGGCCUGGACAGGGUGAGCGCCCAGGUCCAGAAUGACUCUGGUCCCUCUGUGACACUAUUGGCAAUGUCUUCCGGGGGACCCACGGCUGUGCCAAUAUUACUGGGUGCGGCCCCGCCUCAAUGGGUUGUGCUUCACCUGGCGGCCCCUGCACUCACACUGCUGACCCGCCCGCUCCUUGUACUGCUGCUUCGAUGCCCAAAUUGCCCCUGCCUGGCCCGGCUCGAUGCCACCCCCUUCCUGGUGGCACACACCAGGGCCCGGCCACCCAGCGUGGGGGAGAGGGCUCGACGCUCCCCUCUUCCUCCCCCCUGGCCCUGGUCUCCUGCCGCCCUGCGCUUGCUGCAACGUCCUUCAGAAGAACCAGCUGCCCAUGCUGACUGCCAUCGGGCCGCCCUCAACAUCUCCUUCCAGGAACUUGGCUGGGACCAGUGGAUUGUUCACCCGCCCAGCUUCAUCUUCCAUUAUUGCCAUGGGGGCUGUGGGCUGGCCCCCUCCCCGGUCCUGUCUCCUGGGGCUGCCUUCACACCUUCCCAGCCCCAGCCCCUGCCCCUGGGCCCAGGCUCGAGGCUGUGCUGUGCUGCUUUGCCCAGCACCAUGAGACCCCUGCGUGUGCGGACCACCUCCGACGGGGGCUACUCCUUCAAGUACGAGACGGUGCCCAACCUCCUCACUCAGCACUGUGCCUGCAUAUAGGGAGGACCGCCCCUCUCCAAGUUAUCACCGGUGCUGGCCAAAACAGAGAGGGCAAGGGCAGAGGACAGAUUCCCAGCCCCUCCUCUCAUCCCGGUCCUCCCUGUCCAAGGU